GCAAGACGUGAGCCCAUCCAGGCCGUCCAAGUAUUCGGACGUAAGAAAACCGCCACCGCAGUUGCGUAUUGCAAGCGUGGUCAUGGAAUGCUGCGUGUAAACGGGCGCCCAUUGGACUUGGUUGAGCCCAGACUGCUGCAGUACAAACUUCAGGAACCUAUCCUUUUGCUCGGCAAGGAAAAAUUCUCUAUGGUUGACAUCAGAGUGACAGUCAAGGGUGGUGGUCAUGUAGCACAAGUUUACGCUAUCAGACAAGCUAUUUCAAAGGCUCUGAUCGCCUUCUACCAGAAAUAUGUAGACGAAGCCUCAAAGAAGGAAAUCAAAGACAUCCUAGUACAAUACGAUAGGAGUUUGCUGGUGGCUGACCCGCGUCGCUGCGAGCCCAAGAAGUUCGGUGGUCCAGGUGCCCGUGCCAGAUACCAGAAAUCUUACCGUUAAGCCUUCAAGAAAACCAUCGGGUGGUAUCGUCGCGGCGUCGUGUUGUCAUUGCGAUAUCAUUGGGUGGUGUACAAUAAAAAAUAUAAAAAGUUU